AUGGGAAAGAAAAAAAGUGAUUUUAAAGGGAAUAAAUUACAAAUUAUAUAGAUCUAUCAUUAAGAUACUUAAUAGGAGGUGAAGAAAUCAUGUGGAUAUUCAAAUAAAUGUAUGGGUGUAAAGGAGUUAUGGUGA